AUGCAUGAGCAAAUUGACAGAAAUACCUCCAAUCUCCCCAUAAUCGGACCUGGCGAUUCUAUGAAACAUCAGAGCCCGCACUUUGCUCGCCCGGUCCAGAUGGUUCUUUUCGCCCGUGUGACGUGCUACCCUCCACUGGGUCAAGUAACCAGCAUCCCCAGAGUCCAAAAGAAGUUGCGGUCGGAGAAGGACCAUGGCGAUACGGUGCGCUUCACAGUCACCAUCGAAUCAAGCACAUCUCUACCAGAUCAACCCUGGGAAGCUCAAAUCUGGCAUAACAUCUCCGAUCCAGACUGGACGGCGCUGCCACUGCACGAAACCAAACAGUCAGCCGCGCCUUUGCUUAGUGGAAACGCCACAGAAUAUAAGUAUUAUCGCCACAUAUUCACAGGACAGAUUCAACUCCCUUCAGUCGGUGGGCAUGCACAAUUCACGGUGCGCUUUCGCACAAGCCCCGACACCGAUUGGCAAUGGGUAAACCCUCAUCAUUCGGUCGGUGAUGGGGAAAUCGUAUACACUGCCCGCGAAUCCGGAAUCAAGAAAGCGCUAUCACCUUAUUUCCCCUCUCAGGUUCGGAAAGAAGAGCUCGCAAAAUAUAUCACCAACCUUUCGCAAGAUAUCCAAGUCGAGUCACGGACCAGCGAGGCCCCCGGUUCUCUACUAUGGUCAAUAUCAGGAAAUGUGUCUGCUGCAGCAAAUGGAGCAUCCGGAAUCAGUACUCUUCUUCUCGGUACCCCUUCUUCAAUAAUGAGGAACUUUUCCUUGGUGCGGGUUUGGAGUCCGUGGCUGGGGCCACGACAUGGUAGAGACUGGUUUGAUUUGACGGAAGAUGCGAUACUAUGCUCUUUCCUGCGCAAAGAUGGUCUGAAUCUCGUUUUGCUAGCCAUUUCAGGUAUCAACGAUGUCUUGACGGUUUUUCAGUCUGGCGAUAAUGGCGAGGUCGUGAUCAAGGCCAGGAACGAUAACACGAAAUCCGCCCAAUUCAAUGUCUUGGCUGCUGUUGCGGAAGACUUUGAAGUCGCUAUGUCUGCUUUAAUCUAUGAGUCGCGGAAGGUGGUCAAGCCAUUCUCAGACUCUUCAAUGGAUGAUUGGGAAGAGACGUCUCCGAUAUCUCCUCUCGAUGAUGAUAUUGUCUUUGUUGAGAAAGACCCGAAAAUACAAUGGCUGGCUGAGUGGUUUGAUGGCUUGACAUUUUGUACUUGGAAUAGCCUGGGGCAGGAUCUAACGGAGGAAAAACUUCUCCAAUCCUUGGAAUCUUUGAAGUCUCACGGCAUCAGCAUCUCGAAUCUGAUUAUCGACGACAACUGGCAGAGUCUCGACAACGAAGGCGAGUCCCAAUUCAGAAGAAGGUGGCAGCGGUUCGAGGCAAACGAAAAAGCCUUCCCAGGAGGUCUUAAACGAACCGUUGACGAAAUUCGCCUGAAACACCCUAAUAUUCAGCAUGUGGCAGUUUGGCAUGCCUUGUUCGGGUAUUGGGGUGGAAUCAGUCCUGAUGGCGACCUCGCUCGAAAGUACAAGACCAAAGAAGUACAAGUCAAAGAUCCCAGCUCCAAUGGCCCAAUUGCACAAAAUAUUCCCGGGGGCAAGAUUCUUGCCAUAGAUCCCGAUGAUAUCCAGCGAUUCUACGAGGAAUUCUAUAGUUACCUCAACACCGUCGGAGUUGAUUCGGUCAAAACGGACGCCCAAUUCUUCCUCGACCUCCUCGAGAACCCAGAAGACCGGAAGAGAUUUACAACAUCGUACCAAGAUGCGUGGUCAAUUGCUUCACUUACGCACUUCAACACUCGAUCAAUAUCCUGCAUGUCCCUCGUUCCGCAGAUCAUGUUCCACUCCCAACUCCCAAACAACAAGCCAACCAUUCCACUUCGAAACUCAGACGACUUCUUCCCCGAGGUCCCAGCUUCUCAUCCAUGGCAUAUUUUCUGUAACGCACACAACUCAUUGCUCACGAGAUAUCUAAACGCCCUUCCGGACUGGGACAUGUUCCAGACUGACCAUCCCUACGCGUCCUUCCACGCUGCUGCACGGUGCAUCUCCGGCGGACCGGUCUACAUUACCGACGAACCUGGCAAGCACGAUUUGAAGCUCCUCGAUCAAAUGACAGCACCAACCGUUCAAGACACUACUGUAAUUCUGCGGCCCAGCGUCAUCAGCCGUACUAUUGACGUCUACAACGACUACAAUGACGGACAGAUUCUGCGUGUUGGAAGCUACACAGGUUGGGCAAAGACCGGCAGUGGAAUCUUAGGCCUCUUCAAUCUCAAAUCAGCAGAGUCAUCCUGCAUGGUCUCGUUAAUUGAUUUCCCGGGGAUCCACAAAGACUCCGACAGUCAAUAUGUGAUUCGCGCCCAUACCAGCGGCAAGGUCACUGAGCAAAUGCAUCUAGGUGACCAUCAAUCGGUUGUAUCCAUCAUUCUGCAGGAUAAGGGAUGGGAGAUUCUCACGGCAUAUCCGACCUAUUCCUUCACUCUGAAUGGAAGCAUUCGAUCUAUAGCGUCGCAGGGUGCUCUGACAAAUGUGGCUGUGCUAGGCCUGCUUGGAAAAAUGACAGGCGCGGCUGCAGUGAUGAGCUCUGAUAUCUUCUUAGUGGAGAAUGGCCGACUGCGAUUCGAUAUUCAUCUGAAAGCAUUGGGGAUACUGGGUGUUUACUUUUCCAACCUGAAGGACUUGGAUAUUAACCGCAACUUCAUGGUGAUGAUUUUAGGGAAACCUAUCCCACCAAAGACGGUUUGGAAGGACGGUGGGGAAAACUCCAAUGUUCUGGCAAUUGAUGUGCUAGGUGCUUGGAAGUGUAUGAAGCUGGAUAGUGGGUGGAGCAAUGAGGCGCUCAUUCAGGUCUUUGUAGGUUAG